CCCCAGCUCUGAGCUUAGGCAGAGGUUUGAGCCUGGAAAAAUCACAGCAGCGACCACAGGGACGCAACCCGAGUACGGAGACCGAGCUCGCUCGCCGCGCGCGCCUCGCCUCACGCACAAACUCACUCCGACUGACAUCAGACGGCGAGCAAGGGACGGAGAGGGGCCGCCUCGGAAAGACGAGCUUCGACGUCGCGAGUCUCUUUUUCACCAUCUUUUUUUCCCUCUCCUUCCUCACCUCACCUCCUUUCAUCCACGUUUGUCUCUCCCCCCCUCCCCUCGCCCCCCCUAUCGCCGACUCUUUGCGCACCCUCCACUUUUACCGAAUCCUCGUACGAGCAGCCUCACGUCGUUCGCUUAAGCCGAGCAGAAGCUCUCCCCCUCCCUCCCCUUCAAGUGUCCGCGAGUAUACAUACAACGUGCCUCACCUUUCCAGUGCCCAAAUUCUGGCACCCCGGGAACUGCGGCCAAUCGCACGGCGCCUAACCUGGUUUCGUCACAUACAUGCCUCCCCAGGCGCGGCGCUCCACGGGGCUCGCCCUGUGGUGCGUGUCUGUGUCUGGGGCGACGCCUGCAGCCGCGGCGGCUGCGACAGCGCGGACGAGACGGGGGAGAGGAGGAGGAGGCAGUCGGCUGGCGGCGACGGCGGCACCGGCAUUAGCAACAACGACGACAGCAGCGACAACCGUGGUUGCCCCGUCUUUGGUUGCAGCAACGCCAGCAUCAGCAGCAGGGCGAUCAAGAGUUGGCGCGGCCAAGGGUGGUGGUGGUGGUGUUGUAGCAGCGCCGGCGCCGGCGCCGGGGCCUGCACCACCAGCUGGUGCCGCUGCAACAACGGCAGGGCGGCGUCGCAGCGCGCCCGGCGCCGGUGGCAGCGACGGGUCAGCCCAGGUCCCCUGCGUCGACCUACCGUCGAUGAGGACACCGUACCAACAACGAAGGCAGCUGCUUUUAUUACAACAACACCGCCAUCGCCACCACCACGAGGCAUUGUCGUCCUCGCGCCGGUGUGCCAAUUCGCUGCCUUUAUUAACGGCUGUAGCACCAACAACGGCCAUCUCCAUCGCACGCAGGGGUCCCCAGGCUCGCCAGCAGACAUUAGGGUUCUCCUCCUCCGCGUCUAGACCCCAGGCCCGUCCCCUGUCGUCGGUACCUUCGUCGGCGGCCCCCUCGACCUCGACCUCGACCUCGACGUCGUCUUGCGGCUGCGGCCAUUCCUCGCACCUGCACCUCUUCCACCACCACAACCUCGACGCCUCCGUCGCCGUCGCGCCCUCGGUCCUCCUCCAUCUCGCCCCCGUCCGCGGCCGAAUCCGUUCCCUGCCUGGCAUCAUGGGCGCCGCCCAGCAACAGACGCGCGACCACGGCGACCACGGCCACGGUCACAGCCAUGGCCAUGGCCACCACCACCACCACCACGACAACUCCUACCUGAUCUCCGCCAACAAGAACGACUCAGGCGUGCGGAUAACGCGAAUUGGCCUGUUGUCCAAUCUGGGCAUGGCCGUGGCCAAGUUCGUCGGCGGCUGGGCUUUCAAUUCCAAGUCCAUGACCGCCGACGCCUGGCACAGCAUCGCCGACCUCGCCUCGGACGUCCUGACGCUGGCCACCGUCUCGUGGAGCCUCAAACCUCCCUCAGACCGGUUCCCCUUGGGCUUCGGCAAGGUCGAGAGUCUGGGCUCGCUGGGUGUGUCGGGCAUGCUGCUGAUCGGCGGCUUCUACAUGGGAUGGGAGAGCGCUAUUAGCCUGUAUGGUCACUACAACCCCGAGGCCGCACACGAGAUCCUGGAGCACAUGGGCGGCCACGGCCACGGCCACAGCCACUCCCACAGCGCCGCAAGCCUCGGCAUCCCCAGCAUCCACGCGGCUUGGCUCGCGGCCGGCACGAUCCUGAUCAAGGAAUGGCUCUAUCAUGCUACAAUGAAAGUGGCCCGCGAGCGCAAGUCGUCGGUUCUCGCAUCCAACGCCGUGCACCACCGUGUCGACAGCCUGACGGGCAUCGUGACGCUGGCGGCCAUUCUGGGUGCCAACGUGUUUCAAAACGCGGCGUGGCUGGACCCGGUGGGCGGGCUCCUCAUCUCCAUCAUGGUGGUCAACGCCGGGUUCGAGAACACCAAGUCGGCGCUGUACGAACUGGCGGACCAGAGCAUCGACGACGAGGUCAAGGGCUCGGUACGGAAGCAGGCGCAGCGGGCGCUGGCCAACGUGAGCGAAGGUCACGAGGCAGAGCUGCGGGACGUGUCGGGCAUCAAGUCGGGGCAAAACUACCUGGUGGACCUGGAGAUGGCGGUGCCGGGCAAGUGGACGGUCGAGGACGUCAAGGAGCUCGAGGACGGGGUGCGGACGCUCGUGGGCGGCAAGGUGCGAGGCGUGCGGCGGGUGCGGGUGCGCUUCGUAUCGCGCGACGGGCCCGUCAACGAGCGCUUCGACGAGUUCAUCCCGGGGUCGGUGCAUGUUGAGGCGGACCCGGAGCCGCGCGAGAACGGCGAGACCGAGGACAUGUCGGCGGGAGACGACAGGCAUAAGCAUUAGAGUAGCGCCUGGUACACAUCUGUAUAGCAACGCAACGAACAGUUCCUACU